AUGGCCUCGAAUGGGGCACCGUCAGCUGCUGAGCUCCCGCUGCCCACAGAUGCCAGUCUCUCGCACGGAUCUCUGGCCGACCUCCUCCCGUCACAUUUCACCACCGAUAUCACCAACUGGCUCGCCGAGGAUACUCCUUCAUUCGAUUAUGGUGGCUUCGUGGUCGGUUCAUCCCCACGGACCGCACAGUUACUAUGCAAAUCCGCGGGCGUCCUCGCAGGUAUUCCUUUCUUCGACGAGGUUUUCCGUCAGCUAGACUGUACAGUCGAAUGGCAUCACCAGGAAGGUGCAUACCUCGACCCAGCCAAAUCAGGAGGCAAGAUCAAGGUCGCAACGGUAAAAGGACCGACUCGAAAAUUACUGUUGGGCGAAAGAGUCGCGUUAAACACGCUGGCAAGAUGCAGCGGAGUGGCCACAAGGAGCAGAAAGAUGCUUGACCUGGUUCGCAAAGCAGGAUAUACCGGUGUCUUAGCAGGUACGAGGAAGACUACCCCUGGCUUUCGAAUUGUCGAGAAGUACGGCAUGCUUGUAGGUGGAAUCGACGGUCACCGACACGAUUUGAGCAGCAUGAUCAUGCUCAAGGACAACCACAUCUGGGCUAAAGGCAGCAUCACUAAUGCAGUCAAAGCUGCACGAGCAGUCGGAGGGUUCGCUCUGAAGAUCGAAGUCGAGGUCCAGACCGAAGCCGAAGCGGACGAGGCUAUCGAGGCUGGCGCUGACGUCGUUAUGCUAGACAACUUCGAUGGAGAAGGCCUCAAAAUUGCAGCAAAAAGCUUGAAAGACCGGUGGGCUGGAAAGAGGCAAGUGCUUCUAGAAUGCAGUGGUGGUCUCACAGAAACGAACGUCAAAGAGUAUGUCAACAACGACAUCGAUAUCAUUUCCACCAGCGCAGUCCAUCAGGGUGUAGGACAUGUCGAUUUCUCACUGAAGAUUGAUCAUCAAGGCUCCGCGGCAAUCCAAGCCAAGCGACAAGAGCGUGAAUGA